AUGGCAAACUUGACGAACAAGCUGAACAAAGCAUAUGCUAGAGAAGUGAAGCAAACAAUGAAAGCCAAAAGUCGGAGCACAAACUUAGACUGGUUGAAGGUCAAAUUAGAAGAAACAAAGAAAGAUGCUGUGCACAAAUUCACUGAAUCUGAAGAAUUUAACCAUCAAAUGGUUGAAUCUUUUAACAAUGGGUUCGAGAUGUUCCGAGAUUAUGCUUUCGUCAUCUCACCAGACUAA